CUCGAAUCUCGCGGAUCAGUCUUGGCCGGGAGUUUCCUCGUGCCACAGCUCCGUCAAACUUUCUGUGGCACAUUUUUGUGAUUUGUUUUUCGAGAUAACUGCCGUGAAUUUCUAGUGUCAAGUGGUCACGAUGCCCGGCUCCCAGGAACAGGACGGCGCCGAUUCCGACGGUUCGAUAACAUGGGAAGAUUUUUUCGGAACAACGACAGCAGAAGACCUGGUACCCACCCUGCUGAGCAUGUACGACACGCUGGUCGGCAGGCCGGGGGUGGUAGUGGAAAAGGAAGCCAAAAGACCGACGGAACCGCCUCCAUUGCCACCCCCGGUAACAAGACCUCUGUCAGUUACAUCAAUCGCAUCAUCUUCAUCGUCAUCUUCUUCUUCAGUGACAAGCAGUUGUUCAGGAAGAAGGAGGUUGGCAUCGAAAGCCUAUCUUGCGUCAAUCGAAUCUCUCGACGACAGCGAGGAUGAAGCUCCAAGUUGUAGGGCUUCAAAAGCCGGCUCCCACGGAUCUGGAGACAGUGGAGUUUGUUCGCCCUGCAGCUACAUUAGUUCGCCCUCGCCUCCUCAUAACAAGCCGAGAUACUGUGAUCCACAUUUGAGCUACAUGGAUCGCGUAGUAAUGGAGAUCAUUGAAACCGAAGGGGUCUACGUGACGGAUCUGCGUCAAGUUAUAGUCGGCUACAUCGAACGGUGGGAGAACAGCCCUGAUUGUGGUCUCAGCGAAAAACAAAUGUCAGAUUUAUUCGGCAACCUUAGGCAGAUAUAUUCGUUUAACAGUACAUUCUUCAAAGAGUUGGAACACUGCGGACUCGACCCGGUAAAAGUGGCCAAAGUUUUUGUCAAAAACAACUCAGGUUUUUCGAUCUAUACGGACUAUUGCACCAAUUAUCCAAGGACUGUCAGUGUUUUGACAGAACUUAUGCGCCAGGAAAACACUGUUAGGCUGUUUCGGGAGAGACAAUCUUCUCUUCAGCACACUCUUCCCCUUGGUUCAUAUCUGUUGAAGCCUGUACAGAGGAUUCUCAAAUAUCACCUCCUCCUGCAGAAUAUUGUCAAAAACCUCGCUCCAGAAGCUGAAGGCUAUGGAGAUGUUGUUGACGCUCUCUCCACCAUGACGGCCAUCGCACAUCAUAUCAACGAUAUGAAAAGGAAACACGAACAUGCCGUUCGAGUUCAGGAGAUACAAAGUUUGUUGCUCGGUUGGCAGGGAGAAGAUCUCACCACUUAUGGAGAAUUGUGUGCUGAAGGGACAUUUAGGAUGUCUGGUGCUAAAGCACUUAGGCAUGCGUUUCUCUUUGACCAAAUUCUUCUUAUUACAAAAAAGAAAGAAGAAGGAAUUCUUGGAUAUAAAGCUCACAUUAUGUGUUCAAAUUUAAUGCUUAUUGAGAGCGUAACGGGGGAGCCUCUUAGUUUCCAUGUCAUACCGUUUGACAACCCUAGAUAUCAGUAUACUCUUCAGGCACGCAGUUUGGAACAAAAACGUGAAUGGACACUACAGUUAAAGAGAGUAAUACUUGAAAAUUACAACGCUGUAAUUCCUUCACAUGCCAGGCAGCUAGUGAUGCAACUCGGUCAAAAUAGAACUGAUGAUGAAAUAAUGGCCGAAAAGACUGCACCAAAAAGACAGCAUUCAGCACCAGAAUAUCUUGAGAGGCGGAAGCAAGAAAGAGAGAGAAGGAAGUCUGAGACCGGUUUAAGAGCAAGACUGAGAACUAGGAAUCGAAAAUCGGAUACAUCACCAUGCAUAACAGCAAAAACUCAACAGAGGCUAAGAAGAAUAAGCCAAAUAAGAGGAGAUGAGCUCAGUAACAGUCCCACUGAAAACCAGAAGGAUAAGUGUGGAAAUGAUAAUGCAGAAGAAGAGUGUUAUCCACCGGAAAGCCAGACUGAACAGAGUUCUGAAGGUGGAUCAGUUGAUCUCCAUAUUUCUGAACAAGAUCUCGAAGAACAACCAUCUCCUCAAGUUGAAAAGAAAAAGACAAUUGAGGAGAUAGUCAGUCAGCUCUUAAUGCAAAAUAAAGAAUUCCAAAGGGUAUUGAAAAAACAGAGACAUAUUACAUCGAGGAGGCACAGGAUCGAAACAAGCGAUGAAGAAGAUGAAGGUUGCGGUCAGGGGUCCAGUAUACCGACAUCUCGGUCGACAAGAAGCUUGUCAGCCCAAAGGGAAGGAGACUAUGAUAAUUUGCAAAAUGUAUGGGAUGAAGUAAGAGAAUUGGAUUGUAACAGUUUGAAAAGAACGCAAUCUUUCACUAGUCAAGGAGGUUAUGAUCAAAGUUCCCCAGAAGUAUCUCUUUCUGGAAGUACAAUAUCUUUUGAUGGUCCGACAUCGCCAGCUGUAUGGCUAAAGCAACAGAGGCAACAUUUAGCUAUACCUACUAGUAACAAAGCAGGGUCCCUACCACGAGGAUUUCAACUGGGGACACCAGACUGGCACAGGGCGAGAAUUUCCCCUGAUCGUCCGUUUACAAUCGCCUCUGACAAAGCCCAGGAACUUAAUCUUGAAGAUAUGCAGAGAUAUUGUGAUUCUCAGCAUGACCAGUUGACAAGGCACAGAUUCCCUCUUCCCGAUGAUACUACUGAAGAAGAUUCAACACCAGAUGCAAGCACACAACAUCUAAACGUUCAUCCUGAGUACAAAAUAUAUAGGCCGAGUUUAACUAAAGCUACGUUGAAACAAGUGAUCUCUUCUGUCAGCAACAAACUUGCCAAUUUACGAUUAUCAUCAGAAGCUUUAGAUGAAAUCGAUGACAGUAGAACGAAUAAACUAAUGAACGCCUUUGCAAAAACAUUCGUUAAGAAAAAGUCUGAUGAAAGACGUCUUCCAGUUUAUAAGCAAGGUAGCUCAGCCCUCGGUGCGAGAAUUGCACAUGGAAAUGAAACUUCGGACUAUGCUGACCCCAGGACACUUUUUCCUAACAUUACACAAUCUAAAAAAGCAGCUGCUCUGUUAGGCAUUCGUCCCUACUCAGUACUCUCCCUAGUUUCUAACUUAACUUCUUCAUCUUCCUCUGGUUACGCUCCAAGCAAUUCCUCAAAGGAACAACAAAAAGAAGAAGUUGAAACAGUAGAAAGCGAUGGUUCAGCAGAUAGUUUCUAUGAAAAAUCAUUUGAAGCUAUAGAAUCUACUAUGAUUAACGACGUAUGUCGAGAUAGUGCAAUAUUCAGUGAACACGAAGACAUUUUAGAUCAUUAUAUACCAAAAAUUAAAAAAAAAGUGCCACCACCUGUACCUGACAAACCACCAAGUUUAAAAUCAUGGAAAAUGACUGAAAGUAAAUCAUCUAUCUUUAGCACUGAAUCCCUACAUGAUAAAAAGGAUGAUGAUUACGAUUCUAGUUCAGUUGCAUCGACUGUAAUCGAAACAACAGCUACUAAAGGAUGGGUGAAACAUGUUAUUGGUAAAAUACAGGGAGAUCAAACAACUUGAACAAAUUAUAGUGGCAAUAAACAAUACGUAGCUAUGUAAAUUAAAAGCCAAUAAUAAAAUGUAGUUAAUUAUCAGGGGAUAAGACAAUAUUAUGCCAUAUCUAGCUUCUUAGGUAAUAUUUAUAUCAUUUAACUCAUAAUUAUUCUUCCUUUUUUGUUAAUUUUGUAUAUAAAAUUUUGUUUACCUGUUUUUGUAUAAAGUAUUACUAAGGACAAAUGCUACUAUUCUUUAGUACAAAUUUUUUUUAUUUACACUUAAUAUAU